AUGGAUUUCCUACAGCGCCUCGCCCGGUUUUUGGACCGUCCUCUCUUCCCAUGGAAGCGCCUCAUUUUGGGCUUCUCGGUUGGCCAGUUCGUCUUCGAGAGCCUGCUCUCGCUGCGCCAGUAUCAGGUCCUGAAGCGGACCAAGCCGCCCAAGGUCCUCGAACAGGAAAUCUCUCAGGAAACUUUCGAUAAAAGUCAGGCCUAUGGCCGCGCCAAAGCUCAGUUCGGUUUCAUUAACGGUCUCUGGGGUCAGAUCCAGAAUAUCGCCUUCAUUCAAUUCGAUGUCCUUCCCAAGUUAUGGUCCUGGACCGGUGACCUGUUGCUGAAGUUCGCGCCGGCGCGGUUUACCGGCGAGAUUUCGCACUCUAUCGUCUUCAUUCUCGCCUUCAUCUUCAUCCAGCAGAUCCUCUCGCUUCCCAGCUCGGUAUACCAAACAUUCGUGUUGGAGGAAAAGUUCGGCUUCAAUAAGCAGACUCCCAAGCUGUUCAUCACCGAUAUGAUCAAGUCCCAGCUGCUUACUGUUGUACUCGCUCCCCCGAUCCUCGCCGGUUUCCUCUCCAUUGUCAAGAAGACUGGCAACCAGUUCUUCUUCUACCUCUGGUUGUUCGCCGCCGGUCUGCAGGUCUUCAUGAUCACUGUCUACCCGAUUGCCAUCCUGCCUCUGUUCAACAAGUUGUCACCUUUGGAAGAGGGCGAGUUGAAGACUGGAGUUGAGAGCCUGGCUAAGAGCCUGAACUUUCCCCUGCAUGAACUCUACGUUAUCGAUGGAAGCAAGCGUAGCGCCCACAGCAACGCCUACUUCUUUGGUCUCCCCUGGAAGAAGCACAUUGUCAUUUACGACACUCUCAUCGAGAAGAGCGACACGCAGGAGGUUGUUGCCGUCCUUGCGCACGAGCUUGGCCACUGGAGCCUGGGUCACACCACUCGUCUCUUCGGUAUCUCCCAAGUGCACUUCCUCUACAUUUUCACUCUGUUCUCCGUCUUUAUCGGCAACAACUCCUUGUACGCUGACUUCGGCUUCCUCACGGAGCACCCGAUUAUCAUCGGUUUCCUCCUCUUCUCCGAUGCGCUCUCGCCAAUGGACACUGUGGUCAAGCUGCUCAUGAACAUUCUGAGCCGCAAGUACGAGUUCCAGGCCGAUGCUUUCGCUCAGAAGCUGGGCUACUCGGCCGAGCUGGCUAAGUCGCUUCUCAAGCUGCAAAUCCAGAACCUGAGCACUAUGGAUGCCGACUGGAUGUACGCCACUUACCACUUCUCACACCCUCACCUGUCAGAGCGUCUCAAGGCGCUUAACUGGAAGUCUUCGGGCAGAGUCACGACGGAGGAGCCUACGGUCGGGAAGACCACGGGAAGGGAUGAGUUGUAA